CAGGAUGGAGGUGAAGCUGCUGUUUCUCUCUGCUGUUCUUCUCUCCUCAGCGCUCCUCACACUGGGUGACCCGUUAUAUGUGCUGUCGGCUCCUAAUCUGCUGAGAGUGGGUUCAUCAGAGAACGUGUUCGUGGAGGCGCAGGAUUACAUUGGAAAUACUUUGGAAGUGAAAAUCACAGUAAAAAACCACCCCAAGAAAGACAAGCAGAUCCUGACCAAAUCAGUGAAUCUGAACGCACAAAACAAUUUCCAGAUCCUCACAGAUAUAAAGAUCCCUGAUGAUCAGAAACAUUUCUCUGAUGACCCUCUGGAGAAGCAGUAUGUCUAUCUACAAGCUAUUUUUCCUACUCACACUCUGGAGAAAGUGGUCUUGCUGUCGUUCCAGUCUGGAUAUAUAUUUGUACAGACAGACAAGCCCAUCUACACACCUGGGAGUGCAGUUCUUUACCGGAUUUUUUCUCUGACACCUAACAUGAAACCACUCAGCGAGUCUAUGAUCAUGAUGGAAAUCAUGAAUCCACAAAACACCAGCAUUUCAUCAGAGCAGUUAUAUCCAGUCAAAGGCAUGAGGUCUGGAACAUACGGCAUCCCUAAAGUUGUCAGUCUGGGCAUCUGGAAGAUAAUCACAUGGUUCGCAAACACUCCUCAGAAGACGUUUACUGCAGAGUUUGAGGUCAAAGAAUACGUGCUUCCAACAUUUGAGGUGAAACUACGACCCAGUAAAUUAUUCUACUAUGUGGGCAAUGAAAGUCUGACAGUCGACAUCGAAGCCAAGUACCUGUUUGGAAAGGGGAUGGAUGGGACUGCUUUUGUGACGUUUGGUGUGAUGGACGGUGAGAGGAAAAACUGUUUCCCUGACUCUGUACAAAGAGCUCAGAUUGUGAAAGGAGCAGGAGUUGCAGAACUGACCAGAGAGAUGAUCACUAAGAACUUUGACAUUAACCUGCUGGUUGGAAAAUCUGUCUAUAUUUCCGUCAGUCUUUUAUCUGAAAGUGGCAGUGAGAUGGUGGAAGCAGAAAAGAGAGGCAUUCAGAUUGUGACGUCUCCAUACUCCAUCUCUUUCAAGAAAACACCACAGUUCUUCAAACCUGGACUGCUCUUCGAUGUCUCGGUCUACAUAACAAAUCCUGAUGAGACGCCUGCUGAAAAUGUGGUAGUGGAGGUCAAUCCUGGAGGAGUCAUAGGCCGAACAACAGCCAAUGGUAUUGCAAAAGUGAGAGUCAACACUCGGGGAGACAUUUCCACACUGGAUAUCACUGCACGAACCAACGAUCCAGAAUUAACAGACCAAGAGCAAGCAGUGAAGAAGAUGACGGCUCAUGCGUAUGUUUCCAAAGGCAACUCCAAAAACUACCUGCACAUCGGCAUUGAUGCUGCGGAGCUUGAGAUCGGUGAUCAAAUGAAAGUUUAUCUGAUGACUAGACAAAGUCCAGGAGUCAAAGAUCAAGAUUACACAUACAUGAUCUUGAGUAAAGGUCAGAUUGUUAAAAUAGACAGGUUUAAGAGACAAGGACAACCUCUAGACAUUCUGUCUCUACCUGUGACCAAAGAAAUGGUGCCGUCCUUCCGCUUUGUGGCUUAUUACCAUGUGGGCUCAGAUGAGGUGGUGUCUGAUUCAGUCUGGGUCGAUGUGAAGGACACGUGCAUGGGAAAGCUCAAGCUUCAGGUGAAGAACAUGUGGAAUACCUAUAGCACAGGAGAGGAGGUCAAGCUGCAAAUAAGUGGAGAUCCUGGAGCCAGAGUUGGUCUGGUGGUGGUUGACAAGGCUGUGCACGUCCUUAACAAGAACAGGCUCACUCAGACAAAGAUCUGGGACGUCAUAGAGAAGCAUGACACUGGCUGUACAGCAGGAGGUGGAAAAGACAGUAUGGGGGUUUUCAGUGACGCUGGUCUGAUGUUUGAGUCAAACACUGCAGGAGGAACUGAAACCAGAACAGAGGCUGAGUGUCCAGUCCCUGCAAAGAGAAAACGAAGAGCUUAUGAGGAAGAUGACGACUUUUAUACAGACCCUGAAGAGAUCGUGUCACGUACACAGUUCCCUGAGAGCUGGCUGUGGGAUGAGAUUGAUCUGUGUGAAAACUGUCCAGCGCCAUCCAUUGAUAAAGCCAUGUACCUGAAAGACUCUGCUUCUUCCUGGCAAGUUUUGGCUGUCAGUCUAUCUCCAACAUUGGGCAUCUGUGUGGCAGAACCUGAGGAGAUGGUUGUUUUUAAGGGUCUUUUAAUUGACCUCAAGAUGCCUUACUCAGCUAGACGAGGCGAACAACUGGAAAUCAAGGCCAUUAUUCACAACUACACUCCAAUGAAGCAUAAGGUGCGUGUGGAGUUCAUGGAGUCAGCGGAUGUUUGCAGUCUUGCCAGUAAGAAAGAAAAAUACACAACAAUAGUAACCGUCCCAAAAGACUCCAGCAUAUCGGUUCCAUAUGUGAUCAUUCCCAUGACGCUGGGCAAUCACAUGAUUGAGGUGAAAGCUGCGGCGUAUGAUGGUGUCUACACUGAUGGAGUGAGAAAGAGCCUGAAGGUGGUGUAUGAGGGCGAGCUGUUACCCUGGCACAAACCAAAUGUGGAGCUCAAUCCUCAUGGGAGAAAUCAAGUAACUGUUAGAGCUGAUAUUCCAGCUGACCGGAUCCCAGACACUCCUGCUUACGCAUACGUUAUAAUUACUGGUGAAGAGAUCGCCCAGACUGUGGAGCAGGCCAUCAGUGGAAGCUUCAUGGGUCAACUUAUUGUCCAGCCUCAGGGCAAUGGAGAGCAGAACAUGAUCUUCAUGACUUUACCAGUCAUCGCCACUCAUUACCUGGACAGCACCAAUCAGUGGGAUGCUAUAGGCAUGAAGCGCCGUGCUGAAGCCAUUUACCAUAUCAAGACAGGUUAUGACCAACAGCAGGCCUAUCGUAAACCAGAUGGAUCCUACGCUGCCUUGAUAGACAGACCGAGCAGUGCAUGGCUGACCGCAUAUGUGGCCAAAAUCUUCACCAUGGCCAAUAACCUUAUUAGUGUAGAUGAACGAGUGCUCUGCAGCGCCCUCAAGUGGCUGGUUUAUAACAAACAACUGGCAGAUGGCUCUUUUAAAGAGGACACCGCUGUAAUUCGUGGAGAGAUGGUGGGAGGUUUACCGGACAAAGAUGAAGUCUCUCUGACGGCCUUUGUCACAAUUGCCCUGCAGGAGGGCAGAGAGAUCUGUGCUGCAACAGUUGGUGUUCUGCAUGAAAGCAUCAGGAAGGCUGUUGCUUUUUUAGAAGGUCGAAUUACAAGACUGAGCAAUCCUUAUGCUGUUGCAUUGACAUCCUAUGCCAUGGCCAAUGCUGACAAACUCAAUACAGAAAUCUUGAUGAAACACUCCACCUUAGGAGAAGCUAUUAGGUUCUGGAAUGUCCCCGGACAGCUGCAUCAUUCACUUGAGGCGACGGCCUAUGCUGUGCUGGCACUUGUGAAGGCCAGAGAUUUCAAUAAAACAGGAGAGGCAGUGCGGUGGCUGGCCAGACAAUAUUACUCUUAUGGAGGAUCCGGCACCACACAGGCAAUCCUCCUGGUGUUCCAGGCUGUGGCAGAGUACCGUACGCAGGUGAAAGAGCAAGACUUCAAUUUAGAAGUUGAACUGGCCGUAGCAGGAAGACGUCCUUUGAAAUAUAAUAUCAAGAGAAAUAAUAUGCAUGUUCCACAGUCAAAAAAGGUGGAGAUAAACAAGGACAUUCAAGUGACUACGAAAGGAACCGGAAAGGCCACUCUCUCGGUUAGGAUGCUGUACUACGUCAGACCUGUUGAGAAGAAGUCCGACUGCACACUGUUUGAUCUGAGUGUUAAAAUAGAGAAAGAGCCUGAAACAACACAAGGAGCCAUAGAAACAUUCAAGCUUACACUGGAUUUCUUCUACAAAAACCAGAAAAGCGAUGCCACCAUGACUAUUCUGGACAUUGGCAUUCCCACAGGAUUUACUGUGGAAAUCAAAGAUCUUAAACAGUUGUUGAAAGAGAAGGAGAAAUACAUUCAGACAUACGAGUUGGACAAAGCGCUGUCAGAUCGAGGAUCCCUCAUCUUUUACUUAAACAAGGUUUCUAAUGAUCAAUCGGAAAGAAUUGCCUUCAGAAUGCACAAGACUUUUAAUGUGGGUUUGCUUCAACCUGCUGCAGUCACCAUAUAUGAGUAUUACUCACCCAUCCGAUGCACUCUAAACUCCGUUAUAGCUAUUUUAUCCAGCAGCGUCCAGAGCAUCCAGCAGGCAAAGCCCAAGUGA